UAGGUUCAUUUUAUCGGUAACUCGGCGGAAAACCACGUGCUGUGCUGUUCCUAGACCGUUGCGUUUUACUUUUUACCUCUUGUACGCAUUUCCUAUUUUUUUUUUUUAAAUACAUAUACAAAUUUUUUUUUUCGUUUUUUCUCCUAAAAAUAAAAAAAAUCAAGAAAAAUGAACAAGUUCGCGGUGUUCGCUGUAGUGUUGUUGGUGGCUGGCUUUUCGUGCGGUUCGCCGGUGUCGUCGCAAAACACCAACGACGGCAACGAGGUGCUUAAGCCAUUCGUGAUCCGCGAAGACGAGCUCAUCCAAAAGCUCAACUCCAAGUGCGCCACCAAGGACGUGUCCAGCUGUGUCAUGCUCAAAUUGGUCACCUACAUGAACCGGCUGAUGAAGAAGAACAACUUGGAACUCGGCGAGACCAUCGAGAUCGCCAAGAAGGACAACGCCCAAGUGGAAGACGAGCAGACCGUCGAGGUCGUCCAGGUGGACUCGGCCCGCGGUUACUCCGACGAGUCAGUCUUUAGCGAAGUCAUGGCCGACAAACUUUGGAAGUACGUCAAGUCCAGGUCUCUUAAGGUGAAAUUGUUGCCCGAAGCCGAUUUCGUCGUAUCGGCCGCCGAACAAGGUGGUACCCUCAACUUCGGCAUGUCCGUCAAAACCGGAGAAUUGGAAACUGGUCGUGGCAAGAACAAGAACAUGGGACCCAUGAUGGCCGCCGUCAUGAUGAAGUUGGGCAUGCUGAAAAUCUUAGCUUUCAAAGCUCUGGCCCUGCUCGUCGGCAAAGCCUUGUUGGUCAGCAAACUCGCCUUCCUGUUGGCCACAAUCAUCGGUCUGAAAAAGUUGUUCAGCCAACAGAAACACGUCACCUACGAAGUGGUAGCCCACCCCCACCACUCCCACGGUGCCGUCGAAUCUCACGGUGAUUCUUACAGCGCCGGAUGGGGUCGUUCUUCGUCUGAAGCCGCCCACAGUCUCGCGUACGGAGGACAAGCCCAAUAGACGAGUGAGUACGGUAGCUUUGCACGAAUCAUCGCACGAUGAACCCAAGUCCUACUACGUCGUUUCACGUGGACGCCAAGUCAGCAUCCCCCUAAGUGUGCAUCCGGUGUCCAGUAUUCUUCGUUAAUUUAUAAACGCCACGUUAUUUAUUUAUUGAUUUUAAGUUAACUUAUUUCAUUAGUGCUAUAUACAUAUUAUCGAAAAAAAAAUCGUAGAUUAGUAAUAUAUACCGAAUAUAGUUAGUGCUAUGCCGUAUCGCCUUACCCCCUAUACGCCACACGCAGUAUAAUUAUUUUUAUCUGUUGACGGAUUUCGGCGUGAGGCGAGACUUAGAAUUAACGUUUUAUUUUUGUAAAAGUCUUCGGUCUUUACAAAGUACAUGGCUCGUGAAAUAGAAAAAUAAUAGAUAUAUUUAUUUUAUUCUUAAGUAUUGUCAAAAAAAAAAAAAAUAUUAAAA